AUGAUUUCCACAAUUCUGCCCCUUCUCUUGCAGCAAUCUGCAGAUCAUCCUGUUCUCUCGCUGCUACUCCUCCUCAUCGCAGUUCCCAUUGCAUACAUUGUCGGUAACGAGUACGUUCGCUACGCAAGACGCAUCAAAGACUUUUCUGGACCACCCAAUUGGCCGCUGGUGGGUAACAUCCCCGAUAUCAAGUACAACGCGGCAGAAAAGUACAGGGAGUGGAGCAAGAAGUAUGGCGCGGUCUAUCAAAUCCAACUGGGCAAUGAACCAGUGAUUGUGGUGAACAGUGCGGAGAGCGCAAGGAAGAUCUUUGGAGGAAACAGCCAGGCGUUGAGCUCGAGGCCAGUGUUCUGGACGUUCCACAAGGUCCUCUCGAACACAGCAGGCACAACAAUUGGCACAUCACCUUACAACGAAAGUCUGAAGCGUCGUAGAAAGGGCGCAGCGUCUGCACUGAACAAGCCGUCCAUUGCAAUGUAUAUCGACCACCUAGAUCUAGAGACCAAAGACUUUAUCAAAGAGGGCUUCGAAGAUGGCAAGGCGGGUACGGUCGGCGUGAAUCCCAUGCCCAUGGUCGAACGCCUCUCGCUCUCCCUCGCUCUCACACUUAAUUGGGGAACUCGAAUGGGCAGCCGCCACGACCCCAUGUUCCACGAGAUCUGCGAGGUUGAAGCAGCAAUCUCCAAGUUUCGCAGCACCACGGGCAACCUGCAAGAUUACAUUCCCAUCCUACGUCUCAAUCCAUUUAGUUUCGGUACGAAGAGCGCAAAAGAGCAUAGGAAUCGUCGAGACGUUUACCUGACUCGUUUGAACUGCGAUCUGGACGACAGAAUGGAAAAAGGCAUCCAUAAGCCCUGUAUCCAAGCCAACAUCAUCCAAGACAAGGAAGCCGCGCUGAACAAGGAGGAACUGACCAGUAUCAGUCUGACCAUGUUGUCUGGUGGCCUAGACACAAUCACAACGCUUGUGCAGUGGAGUGUAGCGCUCCUAGCCCAACGGCCAGAUAUCCAGAGAAAGGCGGUUCAGGAGAUUCGAAAGUACUACUCUGAGAACGAGCCUCUGGCAGACGCAUAUGAUGACCAGAAGUGUCACUACGUGAAUGCGUUGGUGAAGGAAUGUUUGAGGUACUAUACCGUGCUGCGGUUGGCGUUGCCGAGAGCGACAGUCAAGGAUGUCAUGUAUGAAGGAAAGUUGAUUCCUGCGGGAAGCACCAUCUAUCUCAACGCAUGGGCGUGCAACAUGGGUAAGCUGUCCCCGUCCCCUCGUCUUUCUUCACCACCAACUAACCCGCCACUCAACCCCACAGACCCAGAGGUUUGGGCCGACCCCGAAACCUUCCGCCCCUCGCGCUGGCUCGAACAACCCGAGGCCCCGCUCUUCACCUAUGGUCUUGGUUACCGCAUGUGUGCCGGCUCGCUCCUGGCCAAUCGCGAACUAUAUCUCGUAUUCCUGCGCAUGUUGAAUAGCUUCGAAAUCGUGCAGGACUCGGAGGUGGAUGUGCAUCCUGUGAGGGGCAGCAGCGAUCCGACGAGUCUGGUCACCAUGUGUAGGCCGUACAAGGUGCUGUUCAAGCCGAGGAAUGAGGGGGCGUUGAGGGAGGCGUUGAGGAGGGCGGAUGAGCGGUUGGAUGGGAAGGCUUGA